AUGGAUAGCUUUUAUAAGGAACUCACGGAAGAGGAAUAUGAGAAUGUGGGCAAGUAUAACUUCGAUCACCCGGAUGCUAUGGACUGGCCAUUGAUCAAGGAUACAUUUUUUAGGCUUUGCAAUCGUGAGGACGUUGAAAUUCCCAACUAUAACUAUCAAACUUGCAAAAGAGAUACUCCAGGCAUCAAGAUCAAGUGUACAGACCUGAUUUUAUUCGAGGGUAUAUUUGCUCUCGUUGAAGCACAGAUGAGGGAUAUCAUGGAUCUCAAGAUAUUUGUUCAUUCAGAUGACGAUAUCAGAUUGCUUAGAAGACUUAGAAGGGAUGUUAUUCAUAGAGGGAGAACAAUCGAGGGAGUCAUCAAAUCUUAUAACAGGUUUGUAAAGUCCUCUUAUGAUGAAUAUAUUAAACCUACUAUGAAACAUGCUGAUAUCAUCAUACCCAGAGGUGCUGAAAAUGAUAUUGCUAUUUAAUUUGUCACAGAAAAUUUAAUCAAUAGGUUGAAAGACAGAGGCGUAAUAAUGCCAACUCCGGGUACAAUUACUGAUAUCAUCAGGUAAAAACUUCAAUUCCCAGUACUUGAUGAAACCCUUCACCAUUUCUCUAAGUUCAAAUCCCAAAUCAGAGUAUAUGACAAAGGACAAACAGGGGAGGAAGAGACCAAUGAGUUUCUUUCAAUCUUAGAGAAAAUAAUGAUUAGAAUGAUCUACAAUGUUGACAAUGACAUGCUUGCACUUCACUUCAAUUACUUGUCAGAUAGCCUGCUUAAAUUGUUCAAGCACUUCAAUCCUAGCUUCGAUCAUCAUGGUGAAACCUGGUAGUUCUUGAAUUUAGACGACAGAUUCUGGAGACUCGGCUCAAGAUCCUUUAUGGAUGCUUUGGAAUAGCUAUAGAUGGAGAAUAUCGAGCAUUUAUGUAUCUAUCUCCCAGAAUUUACUUCUAAAAAUCAGCAAAGUAUUGAGAAUUUCCUUGAACUCAUGAAGAUUCUUAGGCAUUUUGAUGGACAUCAUAGCAUUUAAGAAAUACAUAUACUCUCGUUCUUUAUGGGCAGUUCAUUGCCUUAAGCAUUGAUGGAUUUACCUAACUUUUCUAGCAUUUACUUCUAUACUUUGAGUUUAAGUAACGAACUUUGUAAGUAUCCUUGCUUCAUUGAGGAUCAUUCCAAACACCUAAAUGGGGACGAGGAUAUUACACUAGAAAGCAAACUUGAAGCAUUUAAAUUAAAGGGCAAUUUAAACCCAGUGAUGUGCUAUAAGACAUUCUUCAAGUAAAUCAUAGUGAAACAAAUUGAAUCAAUUGAUAGCAUCAAUGAAAAUGGACAUAAUAACUGA